UCUUUAUUAGCUCUCCAGGUGAUGGUUAGCUAACGUUAGUCACUCUGUAUGGAAACCAAGGUAGCUUAUCUUGUUUAGUCAGGAUUUAGACGGCUAGGUUUGCUUUUCUCAAUGGAUUGUAUAACAUAUAGUUCUACUUGUGGCUUACGUUAGUUAAUAUAAUCACCAGACAUUUGGAAGGACACUACUGGAAUUAAAGACGGUGGUGGUAGGAUGGAAGCGGAGCUGGGCGCUGAUAGCGCCCGCAGAAAGAUGGAGGCGGCGGGCGAGAUGCUCGAGAUCGUGCCGCUGGAGAUGUAUGAUUCAGCCCGGGCGAAAAUAGCGGCAAAUCUGCGAUGGCUGUUCGCCAAAGCCUUCGGUUUCGAUCACAUCCCAGAGGACCUGCGAGACCCUUUCUACACGGACCAGUACGAGCAGGAGCACAUCAAGCCUCCCGUGAUCCGCUUGCUGUUGUCCUGUGAGCUGUACUGUCGCGUGUGCGCCCUCGUUCUUAAAGGAGACCAAGCGGCCUCCCUGCAGUCCCACCUAUCAGUCAUCCAGGCACUGUCUCGCAAAGGCAUCUAUGUCAUGGAAGGAGAUGACACGCCUGUCUCGGACGCUGAUCUGACCUGCCAGCCAAUUAAAAUGAGUUCUCAUAUUCCCAUGAUCGAUGCUUUGAUGAUGGCGUACACCGUGGAGAUGAUCAGCAUCGAGAAGGUUGUGAGCUGCGUGAAGCGGUUCUCCACAUUUAGUGCCUCUAAGGAGCUGCCCUUUGACCUCGAGGAUGCUAUGGUCUUCUGGAUCAACAAGGUGAACCUGAAAAUGAGAGAGAUCACAGAGAAGGAACACAAAUCAAAGCAACAUCUGCUGGAAUCCCCCAGUCACCAGAAGUCUCCCUCAAAAUGGUAUUGGAAACUAGUACCUGUACGCUAUCGGCGGGAUCACGCCUCAGGUAGACAGCUGCCAUAUUUCCCCCUGCUGGAGGAUCUGAUCCGGGACGUGUGUGAUGGUGCUGCCCUACUGACCAUAGUCCACUACUACUGCCCAGACCUGAUGAAGCUUGAUGAUAUCUGCUUGAAAGAGGUGACCUCAAUAGCAGACAGCCUUUAUAACAUCCAGCUGCUGAAGGAGUUUGCCAUUGAGUACCUCAACAAAUGCUUCUAUUUGACUUUGGAGGACAUGUUGUACGCACCUCCUGUGCUCAAGCACAAUGUCAUGGUGUUUAUUGCGGAGCUCUUCUGGUGGUUUGAAAUAGUCAAACCUGAGUUUGUCCAACCACGUGACGUUCAAGAAUUUAAAGAUGCAAGAGCAAUGACACAGCCCAAGAGCGCCAGGCCUGCUGUGCCCAUCUCCAACGCCACCAAACGUAGCUUUCUGGUGUCUCCUGGUGCAGCUGAUCCCCCUCUUCCUGUCCAGAACAGCCCGGAAGUUUGUAACAGGUACUUCCUGCAUCCUGAAGAAUCUGAGCCUCUUAAUAAGGGGAGUUCCAGCUUCAGCCCCUCUCAUCCACUUUUGCCAUUGAGACAAAGACAGAAGAAGACUCAGUCGGGGGACGAGAACUCGGCUUGUAGAAAUCGCUCCAACUCUUUUACGCAAGAAGGUCACGCCAGAGGAUCCAUGGCUUGGUCAGAUAAAAGGCAGAGGCCACUGUCACAGCUAAACCGAUAUGUUCUCCACUCUGCUGCGGACAGUGAUGCUGACUUGGCCUCAGGCGACAGCGUUAGCAUGACUUGCUCCAUCAGUGAGGACAGUCUGGCCUCCACUGUCACACCCAAACACCAGAUCCAUUCGAGUCAGGCCAGUGUUAGACGGGUCAAUGGUCAUAGUCUAUUGGGCAAUGUAAACAUGGAUGAAGAGAACGAGCUGGUAGCUAUUGCCAGGGCAGAGUCAUCUAAGAAUGACAUCACCCUGACAAACUCUGAGGACCCAGAGUGCCAGAGUGCCACCCCUGGUGCUAAAACAGGCAUUUGGGGAAGACCGGAAGAGUCAUCCUCUGAUUCCCAAACUGCCAGUUUUUUCCUGGAACCUCUGAUGCCUGCAGUUCUCAGACCAGCGAAAGAGAAGACCAUUUGCCUAAAUAAAGAGGAAGAGUAUGGAGAAGUGCGGCAGCGAGGGUAUGCUCGGAGAGCUGCGGGAGGAGACAGCCUCAAUUCAUCUUCCAGGCGGAGACCUCCAAACACCCUUAACCGAACCUUUACCCCCAACACCAGCUCUGAGUUUGACACGACUAUUGAACCCAAAUCCAGUGAAUUCGUGCCUCCAGCCUCGCAAGCUUUCAGACCACUGGUGACUAGUAGCGUUGAGCCGUCUGCUGAGCGCUUACCCGGGUUUUACCUUCACCAAUCUGUGCCUGAGGACAAGAGGCCUGUCCAAGCUUGGGACUUACACACAGGAUCUGAUAUAGAAACCGUGGAGACGAUCGAAGAGCAGGAUGCGGAACUCACCAAAGAGCUCCAUCCAGACAAGAAACAGUUAGGUGAGGAGGACGAGGAGUCCGCCAAACUGCGUGAAGACAUGAACGUGAAAGAACACGAGGACAAGGACGGUGGCAGCAGGUGUUCCAGCCCAGGUCAGCAAUCCCAAGUCAGUAGCGUGGCCAGCGGCAGCAUCCGCAUGACUAGUUUUGCAGAACGCAAAAUGCAGAGGUUUGGUAGCAACCAAGACAUCCGCUCCAGCGCCAGCAGCUCACAGCGGACCACACCAGACGGCUCUGAGAGUUGCCCCCUUUCUUUGACAUUCUGUAGGAUGAAGAGGGAACAGAGCCCUACAUCCCAGAGCAAGGACGGCACUAACAUGCUGGCCUCCGAACUUGUUCAGCUUCACAUGCAGCUGGAAGAAAAGCGACGUGCAAUUGAAUCCCAGAAGAAAAAGAUGGAGGUCUUGACGGCAAGAAAACGGCUUAAGCUUGGGAAGGCGGCGUUCCUGCACAUAGUGAAAAAAGGGAAGAGCGACACUCUCCCUCAGCCUGCGAAGUCCGAGUACUGUGUGAGAGAAGGUGAAAAAAUGAAUGAAGAGAAGUCAUCAAAAGACGACUCCUGUGUUGAUGCUUUGAGAGAUGGGCACAAAAAGGCCGAAGAGCCAGUGAAGGCUUCUCUUGAAUGGGCGGGUGGCGGGACGGUUUCCCCUAGUGCCUUAGAUACGGAUGAGGAAAUCGAUAUGAAUGAGUGCAACCGAUCUAUUGAGCUGCUGAACGAGGCUAUAGGUAACAUUCAGCAACAGAUGAUGCAGCUUUCGCUCCAGCAGGAAUUGAUCAUGAAGCAGAACCUACAGUCUCCAUUGGGGGCUGCUUCAGCACCAAACGGUGACCAAAGUAGUGAACCGAGGGUCAGAGCUCCUGUACAUUUCGUCGAGCCGAGCGGCAGCCCCGUGAUACGAAAACCGCCCAAACUUAGUUCGGCACGAUCCCGUUCCAAACCUUCUGAACUGUUGCUGGUUAAAGAAUAUGGUAAAGGGCAGAAGAGCUCCACUCCCACACCUACCGACAGUCCCAGGUCCAUUCAAGGGGGCAGGACCCCCAAAGCAGAAUCCGAGGAUUGGAGACAAAGCUCUUUAAACAAAGACAAAGGGAAUCAGAAAAACACUACAUUCCACCUUAACGAUGAAGCUAACUUGAGGACGGUAUCUAGAGAACCGAGUUCUGUAGCACUUGGGGUCACUUUUGACGAAUCAAUAUCAUCAAGAGACCCUGAGGCUACGUUUGAUCAUGGGCCAGCGGGCAAUGUCUCGGAGGACCUGUAUAGGGGGAAGGUCAAUCUUAUUGAAGUGGACUUGUCUGACUUGGCUGCCAGUUCUGAAGAUGAAAGUUCCACCGUAUUGGAUGUCACUGGUGAUGAAGCUGACGGGGACAAGAAACCUGGCAUGGGCUUUUUUUUCAAGGACGAGCAGAAGGCAGAGGAUGAACUGGCCAAAAAGCGAGCGGCAUUUCUGCUAAAACAACAGAGGAAAGCAGAAGAAGCUCGUUUUCGCAAACAACAGCUCGAGGUCGAAAGUGAACUUAAAAGAGAUGAAGCCAGACGGAAAGCUGAAGAGGACAGAACGAGAAAAGAGGAGGAGAAAGCCAGGAGAGAGUUGAUCAAACAGGAAUAUCUGAGACGGAAACAGCAAGAGAUAUUUGAGGAGCAAGAACAGCCCAAACCCAAGCUCAAACCUAAAAAGCAAAGGCCCAAGUCUGUGCUGAAGGAUGAGCCCUCGAACGUCACGCUUCCCAGAAGCCCUGCUGCCACUGUGAAGCUGUGUUCUUCACCAGAUGAGAAUCUCAUCAGUGCCAAGUCUGGUUCGAAUCUGUCUCUGGCCUCUGUGGCCACCACUGAACCAGACAGCGUCAACUCAGGAGGGGCGGGAUCUCAACGAGGGGAGUCAGUGGAGUCAUUUCCAGGCUUCAGUCGCCACUCCAGUCGCACUACAGAGAGGGAUUGGGACAACGGUUCCACUGCGUCUUCCAUUACAUCCACAUCCAUGGCGGAAUAUACAGGUCCGAAGCUUUUCAAGGAGCCGAGUGCAAAAUCCAACAAGCCGAUAAUCCACAACGCCAUCUCUCAUUGCUGUUUAGCAGGAAAAGUGAAUGAGCCGCAGAAGAACUCCAUUCUUGAGAUACUGGAGAAGUGCGAAUCCAACCACCUGAUGAUUCUGUUCCGUGACGGCGGCUGCCAGUUUCGAGCGCUUUAUUCUUAUUUCCCGGACACGGAGGACAUUCACAAGCUCACCGGUACAGGGCCCAAGAGCAUCACUAAAAAGAUGAUAGACAAACUCUACAAGUACAGCUCGGACCGCAAGCAGUUCACUGUAAUCCCCGCCAAGACUGUGUCUGUCAGCGUGGAUGCGCUGACCAUUCACAACCACCUGUGGCAGGCCAAAAGACCAGCGGUGCCAAAAAAGAGCGUCAAGUGAAAGCGGCGGGGUCAUCGCACACGAGUGACCGUCUGGACAAGCGAGUCGUCGACGUGCACUUCAUUUGAAUGUGUUUUGGGUUGAUGUACUUCAUCCGCAAUCCGUGGCAUUUUUACACGAUUCGUUUUUCGUCACUUGAAGUAUUUAUUGGUUUAGCACUGAUUCGCUCAUUUAGACAAAGAGCUUUCCUCGUGAUUGUUCGUUAUUCGCUUAUUUUCUCCCUUUUUCGCGAGGGUCACGUCUUGAAAAAAAAACUUCUGCUGCCUUUUGAGGAACUCGAAUCAAUGUAAAAAAAUAGCUGACAUGCCUUUCAAUCACCCUUUUUUAUUUUGUCUCAAACGUGCUACUCCCGAGUGCACGUACUGUUGGCCUUCAUGGGUACUGUCUAUUUAUUCAGCGCUUUUAAAUGAGCACAUGAGCUGUAGCCCAGUUUUUGUAAACUCUUAACAGACCUGGAUCGAUGUUCUCCUGUUCUCCCGAACGAUAGUGACCUCUCUGCUGGACGAGUCUGUACUAUGGUGCACUUAUAAUGUUUUAGUGCUUUAUUUUCAUGCAAUGUAACCAUGUUGAUGUCGGCACUGGAGCUUUCAUGCAGAUGAGCAGCAUGCUCUGUUAUGAAGAGUAAACGUUUCGAAUGACAGUAUUUAAUAUAUUCAUAAUCGGUUACUUCCUGUGCUGUCGCUGUGUAGUUAUUUACCAAGGGUUGAAAACAUUCCUCGGAGAACGAAGUGUCAACGCUGUCGAGAACACUCACGCAAGCCUCAUUUGGUGUGGAGAUCAAUCGCGUGUUGCACAUGCACUUUAACUGUUUGGCUCGUGUGUAGAUGGGGUAGAAUUUUAAAGGGCUUUACUAAAACCGUUUCGCUUUGGAUUUUGUUGAUGGUUAGUCGAAGGUACUCGUCUGGUAAACACUAUUAAUGCAGAGUAGAGUAAAUUGACAUACUACUGUUUCCAAAUACUAGAUGUUAGUCGUCUACACAUUGCUGCAUUUGUUCACUUUUAAUUGCAGUUUUGUAUAUUAUGUGUUUUUUUAUAUUGACUAAAAGAUUGUAAGGAUGUUGGUCACUUUUUUUAACUAGGCCUACUUUCCAUUCUUGGUCAUUUUGCUUCCUUUAUCAUACCAUUAUUUAUUUUAAAUGA